UUUGUAUGAGUGGAUGUCAUACUGACAGACAUGGAAUUAAGAUUGAAAUCCAUUCUCUGCACAGAUUUUCCAUUUUGUUAAAAAUGAUAUAUUGAAUGUAAUGUCCUGUGAAUAGAGAGAAAAGUAAUUUGUCUUUGAAGGCUCUUUGGUACGACUAGGGAGUCUUUUACUGGAAUUGUAGAAUCAGUUUUUCUCAGGGAGGGGAAGGGAGUGGGGAGACUGCCUCAGAUGUUGGCCUGCUUUAUUUGUUGUCUGUAAGUUUUGGUGGAUUUGGAGCAAGCUAGACCUAUGUGGAAUGCAUAUAAGGUAGAGUCUCUUCAUUUCUAAAGCUGAGGUGAAAGGAAGCUGCUUGCUCUUUCCUUUAGGAAACUUUAGUGGCUUUAUAUUAAUAUCUGUUGUGUAUUAAUUUAAUCAGUGUGACUGACUUGCACUUUCUUGUACUCUUCAAAUGGGAUGUUGUCUUGUUCCACCUGAUCUCCCAACAUCAUUCUGAAAUGUCACUAAUGCAUUAAAAAAAUCUCUUCUGGAAAAUGUCAGCAAGGCCUAGAGUUGGUAAGUCCAGGUGAGUUUUUUAUACUGUUCAGUGUGAGUUGUUUAAAGUACUCUGCAAUUAUGUGUUUCCAGGCUAAAUGCAGAACCUGAUGGAUGGCAAAAGCUACUGUAACCUCAUCUGUGCUGAGGCUCAGCACAUCCAGCUGGCAAGGCCUUUCUGUGCAGACCCACUGGUCACGUUCCACGUGUACUCAGAAGCACCAAGCCAGGUCCCUUUGGCCGAAGAUUUGGCAUUCCUGCCUUUCAUGUCAGAGCAUCUCAUCACAGAGACCUUCUACAGCGAGCCCUGCCCCUUGCCCUACCAAGUGCCCCACUCCAGUCUGCACAAAAGUGAGUACUCCUAUGGCUCAGCUUUCAUCAGGAAGAGGAACGAGAGGGAAAGGCAGCGUGUUAAGUGUGUCAAUGAAGGCUAUGCCAAGCUGAGGCACCACCUGCCCAAGGAGUACUUGGAGAAGCGGCUCAGCAAAGUGGAGACCCUGCGUGCUGCCAUAAAAUACAUCAGGGACCUCCAGUCUGUGCUGUGCGCUGACUCUGGGGUGGCAGGAAAAGGUGUCACAGAGCCAAACCAGGCACCUAAAGGCACUGACAAACCAGCCCAGUUUUUGGAGACGAUCUGAAGAGUUCCA